UCUAAAUUCGAGGGGUUAUCAGCGUAUGUGGAACAAUAGUUGUCGAAACUGAAGAUGGCGAGAGGUUCCCGGUGUUUGCGGAGAGCGGUAGCUGAAUGUAUUAAACAAUUGCCAUCUUCAGGUAGCCGAGAAGUACCGGGAAGGAGUGGAGUGAGGUAUCUUUCAUCAUGUGGGAUCCUGAUGACACGAGUGCCUCCCCUACUCGGGGCCUUGCCUGGCCGUCCCAUGGUGGCACCCACGCGGAGCUUCUUCAACCUGGCUGAAACGCUCAACAAAAAGAAGGAAUACUCCGAGAGACGCAUCAUUGGGUACUCCAUGCAGGAGAUGUACACUGUGGUAGCUGGUGUGGAGGACUACCGGCACUUUGUGCCCUGGUGCAAGCGCUCGGAGGUCGUCUUCCGCCGCACAGGCUUCUGCAAGGCCAAGCUCUCCGUGGGCUUCCCCCCUAUGGUGGAAAAUUACACCUCCCUGGUCACAACCGUGCGUCCCCACAUGGUCAAGGCCGCCUGCUCUGAUGGUAGACUGUUCAAUCACCUUGAGACAGUUUGGCGUUUCAGUCCUGGUCUUCCUGGCUACCCGCGUACAUGCACCCUGGACUUUGCUAUUUCCUUUGAGUUCCGCUCCCUGCUGCACUCUCAGCUGGCCACGAUGUUCUUCGACGAGGUGGUGAAGCAGAUGGUGUCGGCCUUUGAACGCCGCGCAAAAUCAAUCUAUGGUCCCGAGACAGCCAUUCCCCGUGAGCUCAUGUUCCACGAGAUCCACCACACGUAACGCGCGCUCUUGGGCAAGUGGUGGAGAGAUAGGGGUUAAAGGUAGCAAAGGGUUGGGGCUGGAAGUUGAAGCGGAAGGGGGCCAGGGUUUUAGGUCGGGGUAUAAAGGUGCCUUAUUUGCCUUUGUCGACAAGACGAUUGUUUUUUGUUCCCCCCCCCCUCUCUUCUGUCAGUUCCUGGUCUGUGGAGAGGUUUGUGCAAGGCUGAGCUCUGCCCUGUGGGCAGUUACUUUUCCUCGUCUACCCCCACCCCACCCCCCAGCUCCCCCUCCUCCUCAACAUCAUCGAGCCAUGCUCAGCAUCAUCCAUUCUGGCAGCUGAUUGGUGAGGCAGAGUGAGAAGGGUGUUAUUAAUUCCACAUCCACACCAAAAAAAAAAAAAAUUGUAGUCUGACCCAAAGGCUAAUUGACAAAAAAAAGUGAAUGUAUUUCAGACUAACGAGGAAAAAAACAUCCCCAUUUUGGAGACUAAGAGAGUAGCAUAUUGUUUAGAUGAACUCCCUUUGUGGCAUUCACAUAAUGCUUAGAGUGCCAGCGCUGUCAAAAAAAAAAUGUAAAAAAAAAUGUUACGUUCUCAAGCAGGCAUAUAUUGUGGACUUCUGAUAAGUGAUCAAUAUUUCAAAAAGAAGGGACUAGAGGGAUGUUGGCCAUGAGCUCCAGACUGUAUGGCGCCCAGUGCAGGACAAGGCAGAACAGAUUUGCUAUUAUGAUGGAUUACAAGCACAGACUUCUGUCUCUGUUCAGACUCCUCAUAGAGGCGCUAUAUUCUUCAAUGCCAGCACAUAGGGAAGUCGGAUACUUCCACAGCCCUGUCCAUGAUGAGGGGGGGGGACAGGGCAGUGCCUUGUCGGGGCUUGUGAACAGAGUAAGGGCAAGGGCGUAAUAACACUGUAGACUAAUGACUCUUUUCUUGCGACGACUGAGAGUGAAGGUAGUUGUGUUUUGUUUCGAAGACGUGUUCCCGUGUGCAAUAGUGUUUCUGAAGUUUUGGAUUUGAAUGCCGUUAGCGCUCGCUAAACAUGGAUGCCCACUGCUUUGAAAAGGGCCCAAACUGGUGUCGGGUGCAACAGAGGAUCACCUCUGUUGUGAGGUGACUUGUCUCUUGCGCUCCCAGCAGAUUGCUGCAGUAGGGAGGCAUCUGUAUCUGCUGCCUCAAAACCCCAAUCUGUGACUAUUCCAAAUCCAUAGUGCAGUUCUGUUACAAGUUCAUGUUAAGUUGCAGCAUUUAUUUAUCAUCUUUUAACAUCUAUUUAUUUAGGUUAUGGGAAGACCACACUGUACAUACUGAUUUAAGACCACAGAUCAGUGAGCUAUGUAGAAAAAAAACACAAUGUAUAUGUGAUGUGGGUUUUUUUUUUUUUUUUUUAGUGUAAAUUAAGGUAUUUUAAUUUGAGUGUUGGGUGAAAUGUAUACAGACUGCAUGGUUCAUAAACUAUUUUUAUAUUUAA